AUGAGGCUGGCACAAGGGAGCUUGGCAGUGGGCUUCAUGGGCAUCACCUUGUUUAAUAUGGCCAUGGCAGAGUACUCCAACUGCAUGUUGAACAGAAAAGCUCAGAUGUUAGCAGCCCUAAGCACCCAGGAGAUAGAGGCUGUGCAUGGCUUCCUGAAGAGCAGGAUGGGGCUGGAGCUGCAGCCAUCUUGCACAUGGACCUUAGAUAAGAGCUCUGUGUUCCUCACUGAGACUCCACUGCCUCAAAAGAAAGGUGCUCUAGAGUUUUUGGAUAAGGAACAAAAUGUUGUGCAAGAAUCCCAUGUUGUCAGAUUCAGUGGUACCCAGGAGUAUCCUGAUGUCAUCAAGUGUGCUGGAGGGCCUCUACCACAGCCCAUCUACAUAAGAGAACUGGUCCCAGCCAAAAAAAAAAAAAAAAAAAAAAAUCAAUCCUGUGCAUCCAGACACAUGUCAAGAGCAGAGUAUAGUUUCCCCUACCACUGAAUCAUGGACACCCUGACCUUGCAUUUGUUCAUCCUUGACACCACAAGCUUCUCCCUAGAGGACUACAACAGCUGGUGCUUGACCUUCACCCAUGUACUUGCCUGUAGGGUAGAGUCUAGUCAUCUGGUCACCUGGUUUCUCUUUUAGCAUAUUGUGAAAGACUACCUACUGUUCAUGGGUCUGGAGAUUCUUACAGAUCAUGGGAACACAGAUGGCCAAGAUUAGAGAGUGGAACAGCUCUGGUAUAAUGGCAAAUUCCACAACAGCCCAGAACGAUUGGCUCAGAAAUAUGCAGAAGUAGACAUGAUGGUCCUCAAGGACCCACUGCCCAAGAGCACAGAUAAGCCAUGAAUCUUUAAGACGCUUGGUGGAGAAUUCUCAAGGUACCUCAGCAAGUCGAGCCCCCAUGUGGAAUGA